GACAGCCCUCGCUUUUUCGCAAAGAGAAGCAUCUUCUGUGUGUGCACAAUAGAGAAUUAACCAGGCCGGCAAGCAAGUGGCAGUAUCGAACUCCGGCUUGCUUUCUCCGCCUUAAGGAAGGAAACCUUGCCCUUCUGCAAAUCCCUGCUGGUGUCUCCUCCUUUGCGGCCAUGAAAGCAAUCAGCCCCGUCAGAUCAGUCAGGAGCUGCUACGAAGCCGUGUGCUGCCUCUCCGAUCAGAGCCUCGCCAUCACCCGGGGAACGAACAACAAGAGCCCGGCUUUGGAGGAGCCUAUGAACAUCCUUUACGACAUGAACGACUGCUAUUCCAAGCUACGCGAGCUGGUGCCGGGGAUCCCGCAAGGCACCAAAGUCAGCCAAGUGGAAAUCUUGCAGCACGUCAUCGACUAUAUCUUUGACCUGCAGAUCGUGCUGGAGGAGCAGGCGAAGAAGGGGCAAGAUCCGUCCGCAGCCGAGACUUCCCUACUCUCUUUAAAAGCUGCAGAACUGGCAUCAGAACUUUGCUCAAAAGAGGAGAGGAAUCUCUGCCACUAACCUCUUAAAACAGACUGCAGGUGUGGGAUCCUGACACUUGGUUCUCUCCAGUGAGACAGAAGAUAGAAGAAGAGAGAGAAAAAGACUUUGACUGGGGAAAGGAUCAGAUGUUUUAACCCCGUGCAUCCAGUAAUGGAAGAGACCUCCAUUAUUUUCCAGAUAAACUGUGAAACAUGGGUCUUGCCGGGCAGUUUCAGAUGCCUUGACUGGUCUUCCAGAAACAAACUUUCUGCCCUCAAUCUGUUGUUCUCUUCCAACUGCCUGAAAACAAAAUUUGCAGGCCAGAGGAGGGGGGCGGGCGGGUUGAAAGCAAGCCCACCUUUUAAUCCACUCUCAGAUUUAACUAUCGGAUUGCUGUAUUGCACAAGAAGAAACUUUGUGGGGUUUGUGUGUGUAUGUGUGUGUGUGUUGGGACGGAUUUUUUUAAAAAAGAAAAGCUCUGAGCCAUCAGAUUCUUCGUUGAUCCUGGUCAGGAGAUUUCUUAGUGAAAUCGCACACUUCCAACAUUGCAACAGCUUGUGACAAAUGUGGACUGAUCUGCCGUUUGCUCAGAAAAAAGGGCAACACAAAAAAAACUUUGCAGAUAUGCAGCUUGUAUGUAUAUUUUGGAUUAUAGUUUUUUAACAUCAAUUUUUUUGGGGGGGUGGAAGGGGACUUUCAAGAACAUGAAAAUUGAGGUGUCUUGGGGCUGUUUCGCCUCAUGGUUUUUAUUGUUGAACUCUAUAAUAGAGAGAACACAUGUACCUUUUUUUGGCAGGAAGGUUAAUUUCUGCAUCCAUGAAUUGUACUUCCUUUGGUUUAAAAAAAACUUUUUAUAAAAGUUUCUUACAUAAUAAAUUUUAAGCUGGUUUUUCUAAAAAAAAAAUCUGAAAACUUUUUUGGGAGGGGGAUAAAACUUCUUAAACCACCACCACCACCUUUCACAUCUCUUUAUAAACACUUGAGGUAUUCUGAGCCAGCCCUGGCCCGACCUGGUGGCCUCCAAAAAAAAUUGGACUACAACUCCCAUCAGCUCUGGCCAGUCUGGUUGUGUUUGCUGGGGCUGAUGGGAUUUGUAGUCCCCAAAAUGGGACUCCCACCAGGUUGGUGUGGCUGAUCUGAAGAUCCUACAGAUUAUAAUCGCUUGUGUGCACUGCAACCGAAGGUGAUCUGCAUGUUCUCCACUGAAACUGUUAGGGAGUUGCUGACACAGCUGGUGCUCAACAGAGAUGCCAUUCUAAUGGAGUUGUGUGGAAAUGGGACAAACUCAGGGCUGUACCAGCUCCAUGAACCACCCACAUAGUUGCUUACGGCACCAAUAUUUUUGGGGUGCAGUUGGGAAGCACAAUUAACACAGCUGGGAGGGAUAUUAUAGUCAUGGCUUGUGGAAGCAACAUUAUACUAUAAACGACUACAGUUUCCAUAAUUCAUAUUUAAUCCAGAACUCUUGAUGUGGGUGAGUUAAAACAGAGUGAGAAGUGUUAACAAGCAAGCAUAAAAGGCACUCUUGAGCUGGUGUUGGGUGAUGAAAAAAGAAGCUAUCAUGAGGUCCCUGGUUUGAAUCUCUGAACUCGCUAGGUAGCCUUAAGACAGCAAUUGGGUCUUUGCCUCAGUCGUUGCAUCUGCAGCAUGGACAUACUAGGCAGUUGCAUUUGACCACUUUUAACACAUGCACUCCAGACGUCAACAUUGUAUUUCUUUGCUUCUGUCCUCUACCUAUGCAUGGGUAAAACUUAAUAAUACAGCCUCUGUAAAGGAAAGGAGUUUCUCUUGGGGGUGUAGGGGUGAAUUCCACUGUGCCCCCCCCUCCAACAAAAAAAUCCUAGUUUGAACUAGUAAAUCAUUCUCCCAUGCUCAAAUAGCAAAGCUGAGCAAGAUCCCAAGGAAGUUGCCAGUUGCAGGCUGGGAAUUUACACCUAGUUGAAAGCUGUUUGGCAAAGCGGCUGGCAGUUACUGAUCUACAGCAUUGCACUUCUUCCGCUGAGCCGCUGCCAGUCUUAGCCUGAUUGUCUUGCUGGCACAGGCCAAUGCAAAGCAUACCUCUGCAACACUUAGGUCAUUGGAAGUCAAAGUGCUCUCUGUGGUGCACAUGAUUGCUUAAGGUGGGGUGGGUUGUUUUUUCAAUUAAAAAAAUACAGUAUCAUCCAACCAGUACUUGUACCUGAUAUGCUUGUGAGUCUCUGGAGUCACAGUAUAUUAUGAAGCCAGGAUGGUCAGUUGUGCAAAGAGAUCUUUUGUUCCAACCUCUGCUUAGCUAACAUUCAGUGAUUAGUGCUGAGCAGGUCACUCCAAUUUCAGUACGGUAGGGAUUGUAUAUAUCAGGGAUGUCCAACCUGUCGAUCGCGAUCUACCGGUUGAUCUCUGGGCGAUCCUGUUUGAGCACGUGAUCCUGGUUGAUCCCCCAAAAAAAUGCUCAACAACUUUGGGUCUUCCCUGAAAAACCUCAACAGGUUUGGUCAAUCCAAUGGGUAGAUCACUGCCAGUUUUUUUUAUAGUGAGAGUAGAUCGCAGUCUCUUGGGAGUUUAACAUGUCUGGUAUAUAUCAAGAGGGUAGACUGGGAUCUGCUGGUAGACUUCUCCGAUUUACAGGGAAUCUGCUUAAGUUUAUGACUCUUGACAGGUUGAACAAUAGGGUCUUGUUUUUUAAAAAAAAAAAAUCUCUGGGAUGGCUGAUGUUCUGUUAAUCACUUAGCCUUGGUAUUGCUCACCUGUAAAAUGGGGGAUAUUGCAGCUCAUUACGAUUACUCAGGUAAUCCAAAUUUACUCCCAGGUAAGUGCAGCCAGGUAAGUGUUGCAGCCUUUACCAGUGGCCUUUCAGUUAGUCCUUGCAGAGUUAUAAGAGUUUUGAGGUGGAAUACCUGCUCUGCUGUAACUUAAGAUGCAGCUUACAUACACUUACUGUAAUGAGUGCAGUUUAUGGGAUGUGGAAGGAAAGUAGCUCUGCCCCAUCUGCAUCUGGCUCCACCUUCAUAGCCACUGUUCUCACACUUGGAUGUAGUUGGUAGACCUUGGUGUCACUAAUGAAAACAGCAAAGCAGAUUCUGUAGGCUGGUAAAGGAGACUCUCUGGGCCAAUACAAAGGUGGUCACUAGUUAGACAACAAGUUAAUGCUUAUUGACAUGCUAUGGCCCCUAGGUUUAAAGCAGACUGCCCAGGUGGCCUUUUCAGUAGAGAGGGAUACAUGGUUAAUGAUGUGUUGGAAUGCUGUUUCUCUGCAGCAUCAAAGCUUGCUUGCCUCUUCUGCAGGACUUCAGAAAGUGAAUAAUAAUAAUAAAUAGGACCCU